AUGUCAGAGAAAUUGGAGAUUGUCGCCGAAUCUUCAUUCUCUUUAACGCGCUCACCAUCUCUGAAGGAGCCUUUUGGAUUUUGUUGCAGAAAUCGUAUCAGAUUUGUCGUCGUGCCGCCCGAACUGCUAUUCGCAGCUCUUGGUUUGCUGCAACAUACAGCAUGGGCUUUAAUGCGUUCAAAGUCAUUGCCUACCCGGCGUUGCCAAUGGUCUCCAAGACAACAGGGCACGAUAUGGAAGUGUCUUCAACAGUUUGUUGGAUCUCUCAUUGAAGUGUACCUGAACCCACUUCAAAUCGUCUUUGGUAUUUUUUGUAGACCUCUUCAAUUUCCAGUCAUUGAAGCUUUCAAAGUCGACGGACAGAGUUUUUUGUUGGGAGCUGUGUCAAGCGUUGAAGUUGCCGCAAACAAUGAUGAAGUCGUUGACAGUAAGAUGCCGUCUAUUGGCUUUGGCAACAUUAUUGGCAUGGCAAAGUUGUGUAUCUGGGUCCAAGGGCACUGGAGAGCAGGGGCGCUCUCAGGCAGGAAAGUCUCUGUAACAAAAAGAAUAUCAAUAUCGUUCGUCUCACAAGCAUCUAUCACAUUCACCAAUUUGGGCCGUAGUCCAUUGGUGUUAAAUAAACCAAUCUUCAGUCUAUUCAUGGGUUGUGGUGAUUGGCGUUUUGGUAGAUUCUAUGCCGUCCAUGUCGUUGGUUGGGGCUAUGAAGGCGGUGGUGCUGGUGAUUUUUCGGCCCUCCAGGUAGUCAGAGACUGCAGUCUGCGAGAUCUUUACCCCAGCCUUUUCGGACGAGAAAUGGCAGAUGACACUGUGACCAAGGUCCUGGGUUUUUUUUGCUCUAACCUCGAUGGUCUCUUCCUUCAACUUGGGAUCUGCGAUCACGUCUGCUGCGGUUGGGUCAAAGUUCCCCAGUGGGACAACCUUGACUUUUCCAAGCAGUGCAAUGAGUUCUUCACGGAACUCUCCAUUUAUGAGGAGGGUGACAUGACCACGAAUAUCCUGCAAAGAAGUAUGACGCUCUUUGCAGGAUUUCCUUCAAUCCCCUUGCACAUGGCAUACCCUUGUGCAAUGUAUUUCAUCAUUGGUACUGCUUUAAUAGAGCUUUAUAACAAAUUGGUAUAG